UGUCUGUGGGACUAUUUCAGAUGAAAGAGUCAGCUUAUUUGACUCAUCAGGCUAUUUGCAUUUUCUAUUUCUUCUUUUGUCACUUUCGCUAAGUUGUGUUUUUCUCUGGCAUUUCCCCAUCGUACUUACAUUCUCGAAUACGCCGGCACGGUGGCUCUCGCGUUCCCGGUCCGCAGGCUUCAUGGCCGCGUCACCUGCCUUUCCCUGCUCUGACCGUCCGCGCCGUCUCUCUGCUCCACGGACACUCUGCAGCAGGGCCUGGGAGCUGUGUCCACCUCCCUGUUCCGCCCUCUCUCCCCCCGCCCCCUCUGCCCAGGGAUUUAACUGGACACUCUUCAUACAAACUGUGCUGUCCUCCGUGAAAAUCAAGCUGCUGCCCAACGAGGAGGUGGUGGUCUACGGCAUCCCCUACCUGCGGAACCUCGAGCACAUCAUCCACACCUACUCGACCAGGACCAUGCAGAACUACCUGGCCUGGCGCCUGGUGCUGGACCGCAUUGGCAGCCUGAGCCAGAGGUUCAAGGACGCACGCGUGAACUACCGCAAGGCGCUGUACGGCACGACGGUGGAGGAGGUGCGCUGGCGAGAGUGCGUGGGCUACGUCAACAGCAACAUGGAGAGCGCCGUGGGCUCCCUCUACGUCAUGCAGGCGUUCCCUGGAGAGAGCAAGGACAUGGUUGGAGAACUCAUUGACAAGGUGCGGGCCGUGUUUGUGGAGACGCUGGACGAGCUGGGCUGGAUGGACGAGGAGUCCAGGAGGAAGGCCCAGGAUAAGGCCAUGAGUAUCCGGCAGCAGGUCGGCUACCCCGACUACAUCCUGCAGGAGAAGAACAAGCGCCUGGACGAGGAGUAUUCCAAUCUGAACUUCUCAGAGGACCUGUACUUUGAGAACAGCCUCCAGAACCUCAGGGCAGGUGCCCAGCGGAGCAUAAAGAAGCUUCGAGAAAAGGUGGACCAGAAUCUCUGGAUCAUCGGGGCCGCCGUGGUCAACGCGUUCUACUCCCCAAACCGAAACCAGAUUGUGUUCCCUGCCGGCAUCCUGCAGCCCCCCUUCUUCAGCAAGGAGCAGCCGCAGGCCUUGAACUACGGGGGCAUUGGGAUGGUGAUCGGGCACGAGAUCACGCAUGGCUUCGACGACAAUGGCCGGAACUUUGACAAGGACGGCAACAUGAUGGAUUGGUGGAGUAACUUCUCAACCCAGCACUUCCGCGAGCAGUCCGAGUGCAUGAUCUACCAGUACGGCAACUACUCCUGGGACCUAGCGGACGAUCAAAAUGUAAACGGAUUCAGCACCCUCGGGGAAAACAUUGCUGACAACGGAGGGGUACGGCAGGCCUACAAGGCGUACCUAAAGUGGGUGGCGGAAGGCGGCAAGGACCAGCAGCUGCCCGGACUGCAUCUGACCUACGAACAGCUUUUCUUCAUCAACUAUGCCCAGGUGUGGUGCGGGUCCUACAGGCCCGAGUUCGCCGUCCAGUCCAUCAAGACUGAUGUGCACAGCCCCCUGAAGUACAGGGUGCUGGGAUCGCUGCGGAACUUGGGCGCCUUCGCCGAUGCCUUCCGGUGCGCCCGAGGCACCCCCAUGCACCCCAGGAAGCGAUGCCGCGUCUGGUAGCCAAGGCCGAGCCGAGCUGAGCUGCGCGGCCCACGCCCACCGGCCGCCGGGAGGCGCCCGCGGAGACAAGGUGCCGCGGGGACCGCGUUCGCCCCACGCCCGGCCUGGAGCGCAGCCGCCGCCGCCGGACUCCCGGGUGAGCGGUGUCCAGCGCGGCGCCCCUCCGCGCA